AUGGUUGUUUUCCGUGUUAAAUUGGACAUCGAGUUGUGGAGCAGCAACAACAGCACUCGGUGUCACUUUGAGAUCGAGGGUGACUUGCGAGUGCUACACGCUUUUGACCCGGCGCCAGACGGAGGUGCCCAAGCCUGGCUUGUGGUUGCAGGAGGCGGUACCGUCUUCUUUUGCUGCUUGGGAUUCACCAAUACAUUUGGAGCUUUCGAGUCAUACUAUCUGACACAUCAGCUGUCGGAUAAGACUGCAGAUGAAGUUGCAUGGAUUGGGUCCUUGGCUGGCUUUUUGAUGUUUGCUGUCGGUUUGAUUGCAGGUCCACUGUUCGAUCGGAUCGGGCAUACGAUAAUUUUGCCCUCUGCAAUAGCCUACAUAUUUUCCAUGAUGAUUUUGAGCCUUUGCAAGACAUACUGGCAGACCAUGCUCGUUCAUGGAUUAUUAUUAGGCAUUCUCAUGGGUCUUUUACAGAUCCCCGUGAUUGCCGCAAUCGCACAUUGGUUUCAUAAGAGACGAGGGCUCGCUCUGGGGCUGGUCGUCGCCGGCUCGUCUAUCGGAGGUGUCAUCAUGCCCAUCGCUGUUUCCAAGAUGCUGAAUGGCACGUCCCUUGGAUUUGGGUGGACGGUACGGAUCAUCGGAUUCAUCAUGAUGCCGUUGCUCGGCUUCUCGUGCAUCACUAUCAAAGCUCGUAUUCCGCCACGACGGUCUAGCAUCUGGACGCCAGCCAUCUUCAAGGACGUGGAAUUCCUGAUUCUGGUUGCCUCUAUAUUCUUCGCGUUUGCGGGCUUGUACACUCCGAUAUUCUACAUUCCAACCUAUGCGGAAGCAAUUGGCAUGGAUGCGACAAUGUCCGGCUAUCUGCUCGCAAUUCUCAACGCUGCCUCCUCAUUCGGUCGUGUUUUUCCCGGCAUUGCUGCCGACAAGUUCGGCCGCAUCAACAUCUUUGCAAUUGCUUGCCUAGCGACGAGUCUCGUCAUCUUCUGCUGGGACUCGGCAAAGAGUACUGCAGCACUUGUAGUCUACGUUAUCUUCUUUGGCUUCUGGUCCGGCACAAUUAUCUCCGGGGCCUCAACAGUUCUCUCAGCCUGCACACAUGAUCUCCAGAAGAUUGGAACUUACAUGGGCUGGGGCUUGUUUAUGGCUAGUUUUGGAACACUCAUCGGUCCUCCCAUCAAUGGCAUCAUGAUCAGCAAAUACGGAAACUACUUCCCGUCGGCUAUGUUUAGUGGUGCCAUAACGGCGUUGGGUGGUUUACUUGCAGUUUUCGCCAAGUCCCUCACGUCUGAGGGACUUUUCGGCAGAAUAUAG